GCAGCGUACCAAAAAGUACCGUCAUUGUUGCUAAAGGUUGUGUUGUCCUUCUGAUUUUACGACACCGUGGAGCCUUACAACAUUUGUACCUGUGUAAAAAAAAAUCCCACAAGGCGCCAAGGUUAGUCGACUAUUUUUUACUGAAGUAAAAUGAUCCUCCAUUAAACAGCAUCGAGAAACGCAGACUUCCGGGGGUGGCCGUGUGUUAGCUCGGGCUACACACCAGUUCACUUGUAAUAAGUUGUUUUAUUCUCCAGCCUUGGGAGAAUUGUCUACAAGCUGACUGUGACAAAUGUUUUGCAAAGGUGUUCCCUACCCUAUGCAACCCAACAAGAAGCCAGUGGACGGCUUCUGCGCUGUGUCACAGGAGGCGGUACAAGUAUAAAAGAUCACUUCUCGUAGUGCAAGAGUUCCGACCGCUAUAUCUACGUGUGCCUUUGAAAAUUGGAUCCAACACCAGAUUAAUGGAGAAGAAUGGAACGGUUGUUGCAAGAAUCCCCAAUCUCUUUACCAGGAAUCAAUCCACUGGUCCUGUCGGUGCAGAUGGAAAAUAAAUACAAAUGUCAGCAGUGUCUCCAGGUUCUGAGGAAGCCGGUCCAGGCUCAGUGCGGCCAUCGCUUCUGUGUUCACUGCUUCAGGCUGCUCACCAGUGCAGGCCCAAUUCCAUGUGAGGCUUGUCGCCAGGAAGAAAUAUACGAAGAGCCCAAUUCUAUUCUGAAUAGUAGUGAGGCCUUUCCAGACAAUGCUGCAGGACGGGAAAUAGCAAGUCUCCCUGCCAAAUGUUUGAACGAAGGCUGCAGCUGGACUGGAUCUGUAAAAGAGUAUGAGUCCCAGCAUGAAGGUCGCUGUUUAUUCGAGCGGGUCCAAUGUGAGGCCUGCAAAAUGUCCAUCCUCCUAUCAGAGCGAGACAGACACAACGAGAGAGAAUGUGAGGCGAGGAUGCUCAACUGCAAAUACUGCAAAGUGAUUUUUAAUUACAAGGACAUUAAGGCCCACGAUGAAGUUUGUCAGAAGUUUCCUCUGCAAUGCAAAGACUGUGGCAAGAAAAGGAUCCCCAGAGAAAAGUUUAGUGACCACGCUCGGUCUUGUGCGAAAUCCAAAAGUUCCUGUCCAUUUGGCGAGGUUGGAUGUAAAUAUGUGAUCGAGAACGGGAAGCACACUGACCAUGAACAGAGCAGCAUCGUUGAGCAUGUGCGGAUGUUGCUCUCCGUGGUCCUCUCCUUUGCUCGCAGCAGUUCGGAAUCACUGGGCGUGAGCGAUUGGCCCGAAGGCUUUGAACUGGGUCUGUACAGGGCUCCUGAGGACGGCGCUGCAGCCACCGGUCGCUCAGUGGACUUGGAUAAAAAGGUAAAAGCUUUAGAAAACAUAGUCUGCGUUCUGAAUCGGGAAGUGGAGCGCACCUCAGUAACCAUGGAGGCCUUCUCGCACCAACACCGUCUAGACCAGGAGAAGAUCGAGAACCUGAGCAACAAGCUGCGGCAGCUGGAGCGAACGCUGACCAUGAGAGACUUCCAGCUCUCCGAGAGCGAGCAGAUGGUGCGCGAGCUUCAGUUCUGCACCUACGACGGCGUCUUUGUGUGGAAAAUUACAGACUUCUCCCGCCGGAGACAGGAUGCAGUGGGAGGACGCACACCUGCUAUGUUCUCGCCAGCCUUCUACUCCAGCAAGUACGGCUACAAAAUGUGCCUGAGACUCUACUUGAACGGAGACGGCACGGGUCGCGGAACACACCUGUCUUUGUUCUUCGUCGUCAUGCGGGGGAAGUUUGACGCUCUGCUGAAGUGGCCUUUUAGCCAGAAGGUGACGCUGAUGCUGCUGGAUCAGAACAACAGGGAGCACAUUAUUGAUGCUUUCCGGCCCGACGUCUCCUCCACCUCCUUCCAGAAGCCCAUCAGUGAGAUGAACAUUGCGAGCGGCUGCCCGCUCUUCUGCCCGCUGGCCAAGCUGGCCGGCAAGAGUCCGUACCUGAGGGAGGACACCAUCUUCAUCAAGGCCAUCGUUGACCUCACUGGCCUGUAGGCGAGACACGUAGCUGUGGAAGUUACAAUGAAACAUGAUUGAAUAAUGAAUAUUGUUAGAUACAUAAAACAUAUAUAGAUAUAUAUAUAAAUAUAUAUGAUACAAUGAUGUAUUCAUAGAAUUUUUAUAUGAUAAAGACACAAUUAUACCAAACUAUUCAAAUAUAUGAAGUGGCUACUAGCCUUAUUUAUAUUUAUAUAUUAUUGUUAUAUAGCUUCUACAAUAACACAUGUGCACCGAAACAUCUAUCAAAUACUCCUGCAAUGUACAGAAAACAAUCUCGUAUAUUUUAUUAUGAUUUUCUUUGUUGCUGUGCUCACCACGCAAUGCGUAGACCACCUCUAAUGCACUGUGUGUGCAGCCGAUGGAGAGUGAGUUCAAGAAGUAGGCGUUUUGAUUUGCCUUACCAAGCAGUGAAAUACUUCAUUACUAACAAAGCAAUAGCUAUUAGAUGAAUAGGUUGUUGGUUGCUUUGAUCAUAUUGUCUUUAAUGUCAGACAGUAAUUCUAAACUCUGACUUGGAGCAAGUUCAGUCAGUGUUUGGUAGAAAGUACACCUGUAUUGGGAUUCCAACUAAUAAAAGUUGGGUAUUUAGCUGAAAAGUAUAUUUAUCAGAUUUUCAAUAUGCCGUGAAUGCACCAUAAUCAUAUACAGUUUGGUUCUUUAAUGUUAGUUGUAUGAAAUGCAAAUGAAAAGAUGAAUGUUUUUCCAGAUUAGGAGUGGCAACACAGAGCCAGCUAGGCUCUUGUCACUGAACACGAGGUCGCAAUUGCACUGUGUAGCACGUUUUCUUUCAACCAACAGAAGAAGCUUUUUUUAAUGGCGCACAACUGCAAUGCUAAACAAAAAGUGAAAUAUACAGUGAUAAAUGCUGCAUUCAAAGGCACAUUUCAAGAUAUAAUAAUUCCACAGUUUACUAGUGGUUGUGUCAAAGGCUUACCUCUCUCCAGACACCUCAUCCUGAGGAGUCGAGUCUCUCUCCCGGAUGACUUGAGUAGCCACUCACUUUCUCUCAAGGGGGGUCCAGUCCCCCUGUGGUCACUCUGCACCUUGUAUUAUUUGGAAUCACUGCAUUUUUGUCUUGCAUCCCAAAGCAGCGAGUCCCUGCUGCCUUGGAUGCAGCAUUCAUUAUGACCUGCUCUGCUAAUGUGCUCUGGUUUAUUUCAUUGCUCCCGAUUGUGGAUAUGGAAUGAUCCAUGUUUAUGGUGUUCCAAGCAGCCAGAAGGGAAUGAAGCACGUUGGUAAUGGAACGGCUGCCAACGCCUUCUCCUUAUGAGCCCUUGUUGCUUGAGAGUUUCUUCAAAAGCUACGGCUCAUCAUGGCAGACAGAUGACAGAACACCAUCACAUGUGUCACAGUGAGGCAGAGGAUGAAGCAGUCCACCCUGUGUGACGAGGAUUCAAGUUCUCAUUGUUGUCCUUUGAUUUUAGUGAGUUGUCCUGUGUUUUUUCUUCCUCACUGAAGUGCUUUUCCAAGCUCAUGCAGCACCCAAGUGCUUUACACUACGACACACAGACAGUGAUGGGCAAUACUAUUGCAUUAUUUCACUCAUGUUACUUCUGGAGGCAGCUGUGUACUGUGGCAGGGAAGCAACAUACUGGCACAAGAGUGUUGCAGCUCAACACUUCUGAUCAUUAUGGUGUUAAACACCUGUUUUCCCUUUUAACAACAAGGAUUUAAAUUUUAUCGUUGGUUCGUGUCGUGACGUAUUUCCUUUUACUUCCAUGUUGGAGACGUGAGAGUGGCUCAGACUCUUUCCCUCAUUCCUCUUAAGUACCUCACCAAGCUGAGCCCACAUGAAAUGGGAAGAAGAGACUCAACAGCUGAGGAUAAUGAAGUGGCGUCACUUAAAGUUGUACUGUUUUUGUUUCAAAAGAAAUGAGCUGCACUGUUUUGUUAGAAAGAUGUUUAAGAGCAUCACGAGUUCCUGAGAAUACCGAGGGCCCCUGAACGCACCUGCACGUAGGUGUGGUUAUUGGGGUGUGAAAAUUAGAAGCAAGGUGAGACGGAAGUUGGAAGUUUGGGGGUUUUUUUCUGCUAAAUAGGAAGUUGCAUGGAAGCCCGUGCCGUGUUUGUCUUUUCUAGGCGAGUCAGUCACAGAUGUUGCUGUCAAGUCCCGCUCAUAGCGCGCAAGUAUGCAUUCCCACCGUGCUUCUCAUCGUAGUGGUGAUGCUUUAAAUUACUAGAUGUUGCAUCUAAUCCAAACGGUUGAAAAAGACUGUUGCAAGUCAGAUAUGGGCGAGACUUGCGCCAUGAAACAUGUGAUGCGCUCUCAGUUUAACGGUGAAAGUUCAUUGAAAGUGAUUUGAGGUUUCAUUCAAGGAUUAUGGAGCAGAGAGACUGCCAUCUAGUGCAGUCUCAUAAUGAGGCUUCAUGAAGCUUCACCAGCCUCCAGUCGUACGUAAGGUUAGGUCCCCAGAUUCUGAGCCUCUGAAGAAUCCUCUCACCAAGAGCACUGCCUCAUGCUGGUGUCUUGGAUACUGGAAGUUUGAACUAAAAUCCUUAAACCUGCACUACUUCUCCGACUUUGCGCCAAAAUCCUAACUUACUUUGUUUUGAGUUUUUUUUUAAGUCACAAUUGGAUUCCAAAAUACUGAACUUGUCAAAGUUCCUAUUGUUAUGAUGCAAUUUGAAAUUUUAACGUGAACAUUUUUGUGCCAAUAAUUGCUUCAUUGCCAUCAUUUUGGUUUAUGGAUGUCAGGUUUCUGGUUCAAUCAUUGAAAUAGCAUGUAAUUGUUCAGUUUUUACUGUGUCGAUGACUAACACCCGGAUGUGUUGAGAUGCUGCAUUUAACUGUUGUCUUGCUCAGCCAUGAAUUAAAGAACUUAAACCUGAGUUCGCUGGUUGUUGGUUGUCACUCACCAUAGCACGUAUUGGACGUUAGAGACGACUGCUGAAGAAACGCUGAGUUUCCUCAAGGAUACUUAAAAAGUUGGA